CCAGCCUCGGCCACCAGAGGCGUGGGGGCGUGGCACUCCUUCCUCGGUCCCUGCUGCUGGUUUUCCUUCUCAGUCCUUGCCUCUGUUUGAAUGAAAAACAGCCUCCAUUAGAAGCACUUACAGCUGAAAUUGUAUUCUCGGGCACCAGGUACCUAACAAAAGAGCUGCUUUUGUAAUAGAAAGCCAGAUUUUUGUAGCCCUCUGCAAGACAAGUGUCGGAGUGCCUUGGGGUGGUUCUGAGUUCCGGCAGGCAGCCCAGAGGCCUCCCCUCGUCUCUCUGAUGCUGAACCCUCACCCUUCCGCCCUCCCUUCGCCCACCCAGGCGAGAGCCAUGGAAAGGAAUGGCGCGGUCGACUUCAAAGCUUUGGAGAAAGAGCUGCGGGCGGCACUUGCUGCUGAUGAGAAGUAUGAGCGGGAGAACGCUGCCAAGUUUCGGGCUGUGGCGCAGAAGGUGCCCUCCUAUGAAGACUUCAGGAAUAUCGUCCUUGCGUCACAUCUAAAGCCACUAGAGCGGAAGGACAAGAUGGGUGGAAAGCGAACUGUGCCCUGGAACUGUCACGCUACUCAGGGAAAAACCUUGCAGGAGCAUGUGGCCACGGAAAUGCCCCAGGAGGAGGCGCCCUUCCAGCCUGGGACCUCGGCAGAGUUCUACCGUGACUGGAGGCGACGCUUGCGGAGUGGACCAGAGCGUUACCAGGCCCUGCUGCAGCUCGGGGGCCCCCGGCUAGGGUGCCUCUUCCAGACGGAUGUGGGGUUUGGACUCCUUGGAGAGCUGCUGGAGACCCUGGCCAAUCAUGUGAGGCCAGCUGACCGGGCAGCCGUGCUGGGGGUCCUCCACAGCCUGGCGGGCACUGGGCGCUUCCGCCUGAACCUGAGCCUGCUGAGCCUCUCCGAGCGCGAGUGCUGCCAAGCCCUGUUCCAGAAACUGCAGGCCAUGGGUGCCCCCGGGGCCAGGACAGGGCAGGAGGUGCUUGGUGGGGGGCAGCAGGGUACAGAGCCAGAGCAGGACCUGCUGCAGGAGCUGUGGGUGCUCUACCAGCUCCACUAAAGCUUGGCCAGCCCUGUGGCCCAGGAGUCACCAUGACACCUUUGGUGUGGCUUGGGGUUUCUGCCUACUUCCCUCCUCAACUGGGCAUUUUCAGAGUAAACGCUGGAAUGGAGUCUUACCGUUUCUCAGUUCUUCAGUGUCCGCUCCCUCCCCUUUUCUGAUUCAGAGGGCCAAGCCCAGGACAUUUGCACUGAGCUGGGCCUCCAGUGCCUCUUAUUUUUACUUUUUAAUUUUGAGGCAGGGUCUAACUAAGUCACCAAGUU